AUGGAGCCAGCGAAGGAAGCCGUGGCGGCAACCGCUGAGAUAUCAACUGAUCAUCCAAGAAGCGAAUCAAACAAAAACAAGUCAAUACCAUGGAAGAUCAAAAUUCUGGCAGUGGUCCUUGUCAGCAUGAUUGGAUUUGGGUCUCACUGGAGCAGCGGUGUGACAGGAGCCAUGAAAAGCACGAUUAAAAAAAAACUUCAUAUCAACAACGCCCAAUAUGCCGUUUUGGAAGCAAGUGAGGAUUUCAUGAAGACGGCUUUAAUACUGGUGAGCGGUGUGGUUACGGAUAGAAUAGGAGGUGCAAGUGCCAUGCUUUGGGGGAAUGCCAUUUACAGUGUCGGUGCAAUCUUGAUCGCUGCGGCUACCACCGUUCGCAGCUACAAGUUUAUGAUCGUUGGUGUCAUUAUCCAAGCUCUUGGUGAUAUUGCUACCCAAAUCGCGCAGUACAAAGUGUUCUCGUCCUGGUUCGCGCCAUCAAAUGGAUUCGCUUCAACACUAGGAUUUGAGCUUGGGCUGGGCAAGAUUGGAGGAUUCGUAGGCAAAGCUACGGCUAACGUCAUCGCCACCAAGACAGGAGAUUUUAGCUGGGUGUACUGGUGUGCAGUGUUUAUGAAUCUUUUUACCAACGUUGCUACUUUUGUCUUUUGGCUAUUCACGCGAUGGUGUGAGAGGCACUACUCCGGUACGCAUGAUCCAGCGACGGGAGAAAAGUUGACAGAAAGAAACAAAAAGUUCGAAUGGUCCAAGAUGCUACGACUGCCUUGGCCAUUUUGGCUGGUUUCUGCAUUUACAUUGUUCCAAACGUCGACAGCUUCAGUCUUUACGCAGAACGCCACAGAGUUUGCAGAACAACGCUUCAAGGUGUCGGCUGAAACCGCUGGUUGGUAUUCUGCCAUGUCGCAGUACUUGGGGUUCUUCCUGGUGCCGGUACUGGGGAUUGUGAUUGACAUUUUUGGCCAUCGCAUCUCAAUCAUGGUGGUGUGCGGAGUUGGAAUGUUGCUGUCCAUGUGUUUGGCGGCUUGGGGUCCAACAAUUCAGGGAACAGCAGCCAGUUUUGGCGUGUAUGCCUUUGCUUCAUCAUUAGGUCCAACGGUCAUCAUCGACAGCAUACGCACGACCAUGUGGUAUCAGGAAGUGUUUGGGUCCGGAUAUGCAAUCAAGAAUGCCAUCAACAACAGCAUGAACAUCAUCAUCCGCAUAGUCACUGGUGUCAUCCAGGACCAAGACCACAAUAGCUAUGAUAGGGUUGUCAUUGUUUACGUGUUCUUAUCUGCAGGCUCUGUGGUCGUUGGUCUCAUCAUGCUUAUAUGGAGCUACUUUGAUAUCAUCCUGGGUCGGCUUCAGUGGACGCGGAAGCGGCGACUUGCAAAGGGGCACACUAUCAACGAAAGAAAAGAGGAAUUUGAGAAUGAUGAGCAUGCAGAGCGAAACCGGAUGGUCAGCAUGUCUUGCUUUGGUGCUGUGAUUGUCAUGAUUCUUGGAGCUUGGGCGGCGUACUUUUGGGGAGUUGCCACUGGGAAUAACACAUAA